GGUUUCCCCACAAAAAAUAAAAACAGUUGGCAAAAGGUGAACAUUCUUUUUUCAGGGGAACUUUGUGGAGUCAGAACCGCCUUCGAAUGUCUCGUUUGACGAAUCGACCAUCGUCGACAUAGGACUCGUGUCAUUGCACACCUGGAUCUGGACUGCUUCUAUGUGCAGGUCGAGCAGCGCCGCUUGGGCAUGGGCCGGCCACCCUGGACCUCCAGGGACUCCCCGCCGGCCGCGGUUCAGCAGUGGGAUGGCUUGAUCGCCGUGAACUAUGCAGCUCGCGCGGCCGGCGUCAAGCGCGGCAUGCGCGCGGCCGACGCGCAGAAAGCAUGCCCCAACAUCGUGCUGGUGCAUGUGGAGACCAUCAGUGAAGGCACCGAGGAGAUCUCCGAGGGGUCGCACAUGUCGCUGGCGCCGGACCGGCGAACGCAGAAGGCCUGCUUGCGCAGAUAUCGUCAGGCCUCAGAGGAGGUCUUUGCUGUAGUCCAGAAGCAUGCGGGCAGGUGCGAGAUGGCUUCCAUCGACGAAGUUUACCUCGACCUGUCAGAGGAGGUGGCACAGCGUCUUUCUGGAUCUUUGGACCUGGAUCAGCUGGCAGCAGCUGCAGUAUGCCCAAAUGGCUGCAUGGCGGACACCCGAGAUGCCCAUUUGCUGGCGGCCCUUGAUGUCGUUCAGCGACUUCGGGAUGACAUCUUCGCGGAGACAGGCUUCACCGUCUCUGCGGGCAUCGCUGAGAGUAAGCAGGUGGCAAAGCUGGCUUCCGCGUGUCAUAAGCCCAACAAACAGACCUUGAUCCCCAGUGCAGGUGUGUUGCCCUUCAUGGCUUCGGUGAAGUUGAAGGACUUGCGUGGUUUGGGAGGCAAGCUGGGGCAGAAGUUGCGAGAAGCACUGCAGUUGGACCCCGAAAGUCCCACCGCAGAACUGCAGAAGGUUCCCUUCGCCGAGCUCCAGCGGAUUGUGGGAGACCAGUCCGCCUCUAUGGUGCAUCGCCUCUGCCGGGGCGAGGAUCGAGAGGAGGUGAAGCCGGGCGAGAUGAAGAGGAAACAGUACCUCAGCUUCAAGUCCCUGUCGCCAGCAGCCGAGAGUGUGUCGGACCUGGAGCCUUGGUUAGCCAGCUUGGCCGCUGAGCUGGUGGGACGCCUGCGGGAGGAUCCGCGUCGCCCACGAAGCUUGGUCCUCUACCACCGGGGACGCUUAGAUGCGGACCAUGGCAGAAACUGGAUGGCCGGCCGCACCUCCGAGCUCACCAAGACCAUCAGCCGCUCCGUGGCUUUUCCAGAUCUUCACCUCUCGACAGGCUCGACAGGGGAGAUGGGUGCCAAUGCUGCCAGCAUCAUUGCAGAUACGGCCAAGAAACUGCUCUUGGAACGGGUGAGCUCUCCCUUCCCCUGCUCCCGGCUGGCGCUGGGUGCCUCCGACUUCCGGAAGGUGGAAGGGUCCAUCGCCUCUUUCUUUGCCAAAGCGAAAGUGGAUGGAGCUGAAGAAGUUUCGGGAGUCGAGGAUGAUGUUCUGCCAACACAAGCUGAGACGCAAAGUGACGCGUCCGAUGGCGGUUCGGAGCGUGCGCCGGAAGCCACUUCGGUGGAAGCCACUUCGGUGGGGCCCAAGGACAGGCAGCCCGCCAACGUGGCGGAGUUUCACAAAGCAAGCCGCCUACAUUUCUUGGGGACCUGGCGCGAGCGCUUCGAACGUUGGCGUGCUGAAGGCGGCGCAGGUCCACGUUCCUCGCACGACGUCACCGAGUCACUGCGCCGGGACUUGGCGACGUUGCAGAAGGAACCGCUGGCACUCUGGGCGCACUUGGACAUGGACUGCUUCUUUGCUUCCGUGGCCACCCGCGACAUGGACGCUCCAGGCGAAGAGGUGCCGACCGCCGUGGUCUCGGGCCUCGGGCCGAGCUCGGAGAUUUGCUCGGCGAACUAUGCCGCACGCCGAGCCGGAGUCAAUACACAUCUCUGGUUUGUGGAGCGCGCCACGUCGAUCCUCCCCUCGCUACGAUUGGUGCCCAUCUCCAGCGAGCUACUCCGCUCCGUCGAAGAUACUUGGAAGCAGGUUUACCAACUGCUAGUCACCGCCUGCCAUGAUGUCCCAGACAACGUCCUGAUGCGGUCGUGCGACGAAUCCGCCCUUCGUGUGGAGGGCUUCGCCGAUCCUGUCGCUUGGGCGGAAGCGUUGCGGAAGGCGGUGUUCCAGCAGACAGGAUGCACCUGCAGUGUGGGUCUGGGACCUACACAGCUGGUGGCCAAGUUGGCGACGAAGGCCUGCAAGCCCAAUGGUGUCCGAAGGGUCUUGGAGGAUGAGGUCAAGAAGUUUGUCGGAGAACUGCCACUGAAGGACAUGCCGCAGGUUGGCCGUGCCAUGACAGCCAAGUUGCAGGAACGUGGCCUGGAAACUUGUAGCGAUCUGCAGGCGCUGGAGAAGAAGCGGCUUAGGGAGUGGUUCGGUGUGAAAGGUGAGACUUUGUGGCUCAACGCCCAGGGCUUGGACCAGGAGACCAGCUUGGUACCAACCCAGCGGAAGUCCGUGAGUGCUGAAAUGAAUUGGGGCAUCCGGUGCCAAGACCGACCUGCAGCGGUGAAGAUCUUGUCUGAGGUGGCUAAGCAGCUUUGCGACCGUUUGUCCAUUUGCAACUUGCGAGCGAAUCAUCUCACUCUGAAGCUGAAGAUUGCCGUCCCUGGGUGGGUUGAGCCCAUUAAGAAGGGAGGCCACGGGCAGUGUGACGACGUGAGCCGCUCCUCCAGCCUGCCAUUGACCAGCGACCUCCAAAUGUUGCAGAGGUUUGCCCUGCAGCUGUUCGACAGCUUGUCUCCAGACCCAGUACGGCUGAGAGGAAUGGGGCUUGCGGCCCGCUUAGGUUCAGGUGAGACACCCUCGGCGUCAUCCAGGAGCCCAAAGAAGGCUCACAGCGAAGCAAGCGGCAUUGCCAGGUGGCUGCGAAGGCCUGAGAGCAAGCAGGCCAUCGACGUGGACGACGUGGACCUCGACUCCACACGACCCACCGUGACAUGCCCGGUUUGCAUGCAAGUCCUCGAUCCGGCCAGUGCUGAUGCACAUGUGAAUCGCCACUUCGAGGAACCCGCCGAGGUACCCGGUGGCGCUGAGCCUCCUGCCAAGCGGCCUCGCCUGAAGGCGGAAGGUGCACCGGGAUCCGAUAGUGAGUGCGAGAUUAUUGCUUGACUUCUGGGGACUGUGCGACCCAAUCAUGGGUGUGGGCGACUGGAGCCCGCUUUGGG